UUGGCGGCCAGGCGCCGCUGAAGAGGCUCGGAGCGAGCGAGGCGGCGGCAGAGGAGGAGGAGGAGGAGGAGGAGGAGGAGGCGGCAGGAUGAAGUUCGCCGAGCACCUGGCGGCGCACAUCACCCCCGAGUGGCGGAAGCAGUACAUCCAGUAUGAGGCUUUGAAAGAGAUGCUAUAUGCAGCUGUGGACCAGGCCCCUUCUAUAGAAGACACAGAUGAAGACACAGUGAAAAGGUGUUUUGCCACGUUUGAAGAGAAGUUCUUCCAAACCUGCGAGAAAGAACUUGCCAAAAUCAACAUUUUCUAUUCAGAAAAGCUUGCAGAAGCUCAGCGCAGGUUCACUACUCUUCGGACGGAGUUACAGUCAACUUUGGACGCACAGAAAGAAGCCAGCGGGGCUUCCACGCUGCAGCGGCGCAGAAAGCCGGUCUUCCACCUGUCCCACGAAGAGCGUGUCCAGCAUAGGAAUAUCAAAGACCUGAAAUUGGCCUUCAGCGAGCUCUACCUCAGCCUCAUCUUACUGCAGAACUAUCAGAACCUGAACUUCACAGGCUUCCGCAAGAUCUUGAAGAAACAUGACAAGAACCUGGAGACGACACGAGGGGCGGAGUGGCGGGUGGCCGAGGUGGAGGUGGCACCCUUCUACACCUGCAAGAAAAUCAAUCAGCUUAUCUCCGAAACAGAGGAAGUGGUGACCAAUGAGUUAGAAGAUGGGGACAGACAGAAGGCUAUGAAACGUCUGCGUGUUCCACCUUUGGGAGCAGCUCAGCCUGUACCAGCCUGGACUACAUUCAGGGUUGGAUUGUUCUGUGGAUUGUUCAUUGCACUGAACGUGACUGUCAUACUUUCAGGUGUGGCUUUUAUAGAAGGACCAAAUGUGUGGCCACUGGUGAGAAUCUAUCGAGGUGGCUUUCUCCUGAUAGAAUUCCUCUUUCUCCUGGGUAUCAACACGUACGGCUGGAGACAGGCUGGAGUGAAUCAUGUCCUCAUCUUUGAACUCAAUCCCCGCAGCAACUUGUCCCAUCAACAUCUCUUUGAGAUUGCUGGAUUCCUGGGGGUUUUGUGGUGCCUGAGCCUGCUGGCAUGUAUAUAUGGUAAAUUCACCUACAUCCCUAUGCAGGUGAAUCCACUCAUCUUGUACGGCUUCAUGUUGCUUUUUCUCAUCAACCCUACCAAAACCUUAUAUUACAAGUCCCGUUUUUGGCUGCUCAAACUAUUGUUUCGAGUAUUCACGGCUCCCUUCCACAAAGUAGGCUUCGCAGAUUUCUGGUUGGCUGAUCAGCUCAACAGCCUGGUCGUGAUACUCAUGGAUCUGGAGUACAUGAUCUGCUUCUACAGCUUCGAGGUUCAGUGGGAGAACAAUGCUGGACUUCUGGCGAAUACAGAAAAUCAAAUUUGUUACAGCUACUCCUACGGAGUGAGAGCAGUUGUCCAGUGCAUCCCUGCUUGGUUGCGAUUCAUCCAGUGCCUGCGCCGUUACCGCGAUAAUAAACGGGCCUUUCAUCUGGUUAAUGCUGGAAAAUAUUCCACCACCUUCUUCGUGGUGACAUUUGCAGCCCUCUACAGCACUCACAAAGCUAAAAACCACAGUGACACCCAAGUGUUCUUCUACCUGUGGAUUAUCUUCUAUUUCAUCAGCUCUUGCUAUACGCUCAUUUGGGACCUGAAGAUGGACUGGGGUCUCUUUGACAAAAAUGCUGGUGAAAAUACCUUUCUCCGAGAAGGAAUUGUCUACCCACAGAAAGCAUACUACUAUUGUGCCAUUGUAGAGGACGUGAUCCUGCGUUUUGCGUGGACCAUCCAGAUCUCCCUCACCUCCAUGCAAAUCUUUCCGUAUGCUGGGGACAUCAUUUCUACUGUUUUUGCCCCACUUGAGGUUUUCAGGCGGUUUGUGUGGAACUUCUUCCGUCUGGAGAACGAGCACCUGAACAACUGUGGGGAGUUCCGUGCCGUGAGGGACAUCUCCGUGGCACCGCUCAACGCCGAUGACCUGACGCUCUUGGAUCAGAUGAUGGACCAGGAAGAUGGUGUACGAAAUCGCCGUAAGAACAAACAGUGGAAGCGCAGCCAGAGCAUAUCCUUGCGCAGACCUCGUCUUGCUUCACAGUCCAAGGCUUCUGACACUAAGGUAUUGAUAGAGGACCUAGCGAAAGAAGUGAACACAUGAAAUGGCCACGGUCUUUUAUUCCGCAUCCUUUGUUUUCUCAUUCUGCUCCCCUCUUCCCCAAGUAACCCAGUCUCUGGUACAGUUCCAGCUGAAAACAGGAGAAAACACUGAACACGUUUUCCGAGCUCUUCCAGACCAGAUCCUAUGGACUCCAACAAGCUCACUGUGUUUCAUUUCUUUUCUUCUGGGUUAAUUUUGAUGUUCUAUUUUAAAAAUAAAAUAUUUUACUUUCUUUUGCCAAUAAAAAGGACAGUUCAGGAAAGAAGGAUUGUUUACAGUCUCAACAAGGACAUACAAACCUGUCUGGAUAAAGAAGCAUCAUAGGGACUCCCUCAUGGGACAGUGCCGAGAACACCCUCGGUUUCUGCUUGGCCCGGUUUUGACUGGUUGAAACCGGACUUAAGUUUUUAAAUCUGAUUUUUUUUUUUUUUCUUCAUAUCCAGCGCUGAGGCACUGGCUGCACUUGCAGGGAAAGUGCACUUAGAGCAGUAUCUUCAUUCAUGAAGCUACUUUUUAAUUUGAUGUAACUUUUCUUAUAAGUUUUUGGAAAUAUGAUGUAUCUGUUGCGUAUAGUUUUCACAUUAUUUAUGAAACCUAACAACCAUAUGAGAGUGAUUCUGAGUCCUGUGCAAUGAAGGUUGUAACAGUAAAACGAAGCCGGGAAUGUCGAUCUAGAUCUCUAGGGUUGUGGGGUUAUGCUCUGCACGUACCCCUCUCGCGAGACAACUUGCACCUGUUUACCUUUUAUCUCUUUCUUUCUUUCUUUUCAAUUUUAUUUUAAGCCAAAGUUUCUCUUUCUGACUUUUAGUUGCUGCUACUGCUUCUGGGCAUGUCUCUUGUGCCAGUUCAGUGCCGACUUCCCAUGCAGCUGUGUGAAAGCAGUGCAAAUGAUCCUGAGACCCUUUCGAAGGGCGAGUCGGGUCCUACCAAUCGUGCAAACAGCUAGGCAGACAAAGGCUUCGGAAAUCCGUUGUCCGGAUCAAAAUCUGUAUUUCAAAGCCUUAAUAAUCGUUAGGUGAGGGCACGAUCCACCUGGUGCCAAGCUGGGAGCUUUCCUGCUGUUCUCCCGCAGGGGGCUCGAGCUGGCUGUGGUUGGGGAGCACAGAAGGGUCUCCGUGGUGCCUCCUGAUGGGGAUGCAGAGCAAAGGUCCCCUUGUGGCUGCUGUUCUGCCCGACGUGGCAAAAAGCCCGUCGGGCACUCUCCCGGCACAACACAGCUUGGCUGUUCCUCCUGCCUCUCGCCUGCUCUCCGUAACCUAGUUUAGGAAGCGUGAUGCUAUCAAGCAGGCUCAGGUGAGGGGCAUCCGCCUUGCUGAGCAGCUCACGAUGCUGACGUGGUAGCCUUGUUGGUCUCCUCCCGUAGAGAAGGAAGCAGACGGGUGGCUGGCUCCCGGGCAGCUGUGUCCGGCUGUGUGGCUGCUGCUGCAAAGGCGAGGUGGGCCUCUUCGUGUAGGAUCCUUGCACUGAUGUCUGUCCGUUGGCUUGCGUCCAUUUUCGGCGAUGGAAUUGCAGGAAUGCCUGCCUGGCUGCUGUCGUGUUGUUUCCGUUCGCGAGCUGUGAGCGCGGUUUCCCACCUGCCUGCUGGUGCGUUGCGUUUUCUCAGUUUUUGCCUGCUGUGCCUCUCUUGCCCAGAGGAACUGAAGAAGGAAACUUAGUUCAUUUCAUUUGAAAUAGGUUAAAAUUAAGUGGUAGUGAACCCGUGACAGAACAAGGCCAACACUGCAGGUCGGUAGCUGCCCGAGACGCGCACUGAGCUUGCCGGGGACGUGCCCGCACCCUGCCAUCGGUGCAGUGCGGCGGCCACCUCCGUCUGCUCAGUGCCCCUUGGUGCCCACGAGCUGUUUCCCCUGCCAGCUCCCCUAGGUCCACUACUCCCUGCUCGUAGGCAAGCAGAAACUGAGGUCUAAAGCCCCUUAAAAUAGUUUUGCUAACUGGCAGUGGUCGCUGCGCCCGGAGCUCGUGCAGCUGCUGGAGCCCUGCGGAGCUGGGGGCAGCUCACCGGGAGGGCAGCGGCACUGAGGGGAGCGGCCCAGAGCAAGCGAGUGUGGUUACUUCGGUGGUUGUUUUUGUAAAGAAAGCUCGCUGGUAGCUCUGCCUUUCCGAGGGAACGGGAACACGUCGCAGCCUGGCUCCGAGAGGGGAUUUGAAGUGCCACCGGGAGCUCCCUGCCUUCCUCAGCGGGGCUGGGGAGAGCCGGGCACGUUGGGGGCCCCCUGGUCCUAACCUGACGGGGAGCUGCGAGUUGCAAGCAAUUGUGUUUUUACUCUGUGGUUUAUCAAAGCAAGAAUCCAUCUGUCCGUCUGCUGCUCGGGCCUGUCUCCUUCCUGGCUCUCUCCCUUCCCAUUUUUUUUUUUCUGUCUUUGCUGCCAGGAGAAAUAAGCAAAAGGGGAGGCGGCGUGCCACAGCUGGCAAACGUUUUCUCUUGAAAUACAACGCCGUCCCUUUUGGCAGGGAGGAUGCUCUCUGGGGACAGCAGCAUGGCUUUUAAAGGACCCUGUCUCCCCGGCGCGUGUUCCCGACCUACCGGAGACUUCUGAGAAACACAGGGCGCGGAUUCCUUCCGAGGGUCGGUGCUAGAACCCGGGCGGCCCCGUGUCUCUGCAAACAUCUGGCCAGCAGAGCGAGGCAGAUGUGGAGAGGAAAUGGUGCCGGGCUCCUUGAGCAAGGGGAGCGGGUGGCCGAGUUUUGUGAGUGGGCUCUGGUGGAACUGAAAGGGGGACUCGAAAACACUGCUGGGGGGAGAAAAGCAGGGGAGCAAUCUAGAAACGACUGGGGAGCAGAAUAAGGAGCUGGGCUUUUUAAGCUGGUACUUUAGAUGCUGGGAUGUGGCCGAAGGCUGCUCUCAAGUUGUGAUGGUACGGCUGGGGCACCUCGGUGGUCUUGAGGUCUUCCCCUUGCCUUCGUGGCCUAAGGCUUGCCAGGGGCCGUGGUUGUGCGUGGCUCUGAGGAUGGCAGGAAGCCUCUUCCAGCUGCUGGAGCCCUUGGGGAUGGUCCCACCGAAGGGGAGGUGAUGCUGCAGUGUGGGCGGUGGUUUUUGGGGAUUCCCUCUGAACUCCUUUCUCUUUGCUCCCUGUUGCUUUCCAUCCCAUCCGCCCUUUCAGGGAUCCGUGGCUUGCAGGGGGUGAGGAGUUCGGGGUCGCAGGUUGGGAUUUGCAGCCUCCGGGGUUUCUCAGCUACCUGGAGCUCCCCGGUGCCCCCUUCGGCUCUGGCCCCCCUGCGUGGCUUUGGCCACGGGGAGGAAGUCCCAGGUGGAGCAGUUCGAUCCGCUCUUGGUAGGAAGUGGCCGCUGGUACCUCCCUGGCGAAUCCUCCUUGUCCUGACCUUCACAGCUGCUUUCCGGGGGGCCCGAGGAGCAGGGCUCCCUCUGCUCGGAGGAGAGGCAGGCGAUGCAGGCCCGGGUCAGGUCGGGAGGAGAAAACCCCUGGGGUUUUCACCGCAGGUGUCCCAGGGAGCGAUGGAAGCCGUGCUUGGCGCUUUGCCUCCAACACCCGAGGGAACGCGGCCGCCUCCCAGCGGCACGAAGCCAGCCCCGGUCCCACCUCACCUCCACCACCCCAUGGGCACGCGUGGCUGGGGGUGAGCUGUGCCUCGAGCAUUUCCUUGAUUUGAGUUUUAUUCCAAAGGCCAUCGGAUCGUUUUUGCUGUGUUGGUCUGAACGAUUACUCUAUGAAGCCCUGACCUGUAGAUGUCCAAAGUAAUUAUGGAGUGUGAUUAGUCCUCUGUGGGUGCUUUCUUUCUUUCCUCCUUUCUCUUUCGCUAUCCCCUUCUCCACUCUUCUUUUUGGCUAAGUGGAAAAGGUGAGGACAAAGAAAUUGCCGCUUGCUUGGACUCAUGAUGUAUCUGUGACUGCGCUGUUAGCUGUCUCCUCUUUCCUUCCCAAAUGGAUAUCAUUUUUGGAGUGUGGAAUACCCUUCUUGAUAAGUAGGUUUAAAAAAAAAAAUGCACAAUGUGAUACUGUUUCAUAGUUUCUAGGUGGUUGUAUAAAAGCAAAGUUACUGUGAUUGUGUUUUUAAAAGGAAAAAGUGAUUGGUUACGAAAUCUGUCCUUUUUUUCAUUAUUACAAGCUCUUUGUUUUCCAACGGUC